AUGUCUGUCCUCGGGAGACGCGGAGCAUCUGAGCUUCGCACUUUAGCUACCAGCUCGAAUCGAUCAGCGAGCACUCUACGGCCUUUCUCCGUGCUGAACCGCCCGCCACCGAGCUAUCCCGGCCAUGUCCCAUUGACUACGAUUGAGCGCGGAGCUCUUGCCGUUGGCUCGGCAAUUGGGUCCCUUAUAAAUCCUCGGAGAGCGGAUCUCAUUGCAGCGCUGGGCGAAGCCACAGCAACGCCAUUCUUCAUAUACCGACUCCGCAAUGCCAUGCUCUCAGACCCAACCGGACGCCGCAUUCUCCGCGAUCGACCCCGCAUAACCUCCCAAACCCUCAAAAUGGACCAUCUCCGCGCUCUCCCCGAGAACUCCGUCGGCUGCACAUACGCCAAAUGGCUAGACCGCGAGGGUGUGUCCCCGGACACCAGAGACAACGUCAAGUACAUCGAUAAUGAAGAAUGCGCAUAUGUUAUGCAGCGGUACCGUGAGUGUCACGACUUCUACCACGCAGUGACGGGGCUGCCGAUUUUCGUGGAGGGCGAACUGGCUCUCAAGGCGCUGGAGUUCUUGAACACGCUUCUGCCCAUGACUGGGUUGAGUUUAUUCGCGUUUGUGCGUAUGAAGCCUGCCGAGAAAGAGCGCUUCUUGUCUUUACAUCUUCCGUGGGCUAUUCGCAGUGGGUUGAGGAGCAAUGAACUGAUUAAUGUUUACUGGGAGGAGGUGUUGGAGAAGGAUGUGGAUGAGCUUAGGGCUGAGUUGAAUAUUGAGCGUCCACCGGAUCUCAGGGAGAUCCGGAAGAUGAUGAGGCAGCAGCAGAAGCGGGAGAAAGAGAGGCAACAGGCGGCUUCGAACUGA